AUGUAUAUCGAUCAUCAUUGGUUCCUCUUAUUUUGGUACAUUUUCGGAGAUACAUUCAAUAAUAUCUUUACAUUUGCUGCAAUUGACUAUUCAUUGGUGUGUAAACCAGGCUAUCGAGUAUCGAAAAUACAACGAUCAUCCAAGCAUAAUGGAAAAUUAGGCUCCUUAUUAAUACAGUGUGAACUUAUUGAACAAAAUACACAAUUGAUUAAAUGCAUUCGAUUACAAAGUGUACCUCAAUGUUCCGGUAUAGCAGAAGGUUGUUCCGGGCAGACAUGGCUUGCAGGCUUCAAUUUAUAUGUUAUUGAAGAUUCCACAAGAGUCACAUUGUGGGAUCCAAUAUGUUGUACAUCAAAGAAUACAAUCAUAGAUGCUAAUGCCUGUAUAAAUGAUCGUCUUAAUCAACCGACCGAAAAUUUUGAACAUGAAAUAGCCAAUGACUUGGUCUAUAGAGGAUUGCAGUGUUGGCAUCAAUAUAAUUCCAACAAUACAUUGUUCGAUCUGAUUUGGAAAAUGGAAAUUUGUCCAAUCGGUUCAUCUGUAGGAAAGAUACACAAAUCGCAAGAUUGUCCGGAAUGCGAGUGUGAUUGUGGCAAAUCACAGUGCCCUGACACCAGUUAUCCAUCCAAGCUGAUUCACAAACAUAUUGAAAAUCACUCAUGUCAGUGUCGAUGUGACUGCAUCACUAUCUGCUAA